AUGGCAGCAGAAGCGCCUCCGAGCGUGGCUCCGGACGAGAAGGAGGUCCACAUCAAAAGAGGGGACAUUUCACAAAGAUUUGGAAUGGUCCUUGAUGAGGAUGUCUCCUACAAGGGUGGUCAUCACAUCCGCACGAUCGUCGAGGGAGGAGUCGUUGAUGAGUGGAACAAGAAGAACGCGCAUCAGGCGAUUCUUGCCGGUGACACACUGCUCUCUGUGAACGGUCAAAGCAGCCUGAGCUCGAUGGUGGGCGAGCUGAAGGAAAAGACCCUCUGCGUCAUGCGCAUCCGGACCUCGGGUAGGAGCGGGGACGAAGGGCUCCGGGAGGAUGACUCUGAAGCCAAGAAGGAAGAAGCCGAGUGGGAGCGCAGGCGGGCCCGGGUGACUGCCGCGCUGGUCCCUGGCCUUAAGAAGAUCAUUGACCAUGAGUUCGGCACCGGUGCUGGCGAGCGAAUCGAUCGCGUGGAGACCAUGUACAAUCGGAUCGGGCGCAACGACGUCUACAAGGAGGAGCAUGCACUUGGGCCCAGACUGGCACCUGGCUACAUUCACGGCCUGUCUCCCGUGUCACCCUUUCACGAUGUGAAGGACCACCCCUGGUGUGCCCAGCUGAAGAAGCAGUGGAAGGCCAUACGCCAGGAGCUCCGCCAAAACUUGGAUCCUGGCCUUUGGACAGGAGGUGCCUACGAGAAGUCCAAUGAGGCAUACGGCAAGGACUGGAAGAUCAUGGGCGUUCUCACCGAGGACCGGUGGCAGGACGAAAAGCGAUUUCAAGUCACCACAGGGGCGCUGCAGGCGCUGAAGGGUAUCAAGCCCUUCGAGGCAUUCUUCGCCAAGAUGCCACCUCGGACGAAGAUCGCCCCCCACUCCGACAACCUGAACUACAUCCUGACCUCACAUCUUGCCCUGGAACUUGAGGAGGGCAAGUGCUCCAUCACCGUCGGAAAGCAGGAGCAGUACUGGAAGGAAGGUGAGAUGCUCAUCUUCGACACCACCUUCAUCCAUUCAACCAAGAAUGAAUCAGAAAGGCCUCGCUAUGUCCUGGUGCUGCGCUUUUGGCAUCCGGGGCUGACGGAGGAAGAGCGACGGGCUAUCCAUGUGUCCCAUGCCAUCCUUGCCAGAGCCGCGAAAUGA